AUGCGCUCGUCGUCCUCGCUGUGCUUGGCGCGCCGUGCGGGCGCCGUCGCGGCGUCUGCGGGUGACGACCCCCCGCGGUACUAUUACGAGGACGGCCGGGGGAAUAAGGUGUGGGUGCAGAACCUUACGCUGGACUACGACGUCCGGCGCCUACACCGGCGAUGGGGGGAAGGUGCAGGCGGUUGGCAGGGGGAGGGCCGUCUGCGUCCCCGCGGUGUGCCUCGCCAGCCUCCGCGCAGGCGAGCCUCGCUGCAUCGUCAGCCGCCACCCGCCAGAGGCGUGUCUACAUGGAGGGGCAGCCAGCGUGUAACGGAUCAGCAGCAGCAUGGGCCUUCCUACGGGGCGCAAACUCCUCCUACGCGAUGCACCUGUGACUGCCCCGUUCACGCCGUCGCGGUGGCGGCGGCCAAACGGUCUGUCGCCGCCGCUGUUUUUCCACAGGGCGCUGGCGUGCAGUGGACAUUUAUUCCAGAGGCGUCUCUUGCGGGGGUGAUUCGCACUGUCGACGACGCCGAGUUCAUCCUAGCGAGGCUCCGUAGCGAGGAACACAUCCUCCGCAGGGCGUACGUGCGGUGA